AUGGAUGGUGCCAUGGGGCUUCGGGUGCUGCUGUGCCUGUGCCUGGUGUCCCUCCUCACUCUGCAGGCCAUGCCUGCUUUGGGCUUGGCCACGGGCAGACCCAGGGGCAGAGAGAAGCGACAGGCUGUGGACACAGUAAGAUCCCCCACUUUUUUGCUUCAGACAGUUGAUGGUGUGUUCAUCAAGAGUUUGAAAGUCAAUUGUAAAGUCACCUCUCGCUUCGCCCACUACGUCAUCACCAGCCAAGUGGUCAACAGUGCUGAUGAAGCCAGAGAAGUGGCUUUUGAUGUGGAAAUCCCCAAGACAGCCUUCAUCAGUGACUUUGCCAUCACAGCAGAUAGGAACACAUUCAUUGGGGACAUAAAGGACAAAGUGAGUGCAUGGAAGCAAUACCGGAAAGCAGCCAUUUUAGGGGAGAAUGCUGGCCUUGUCAGAGCCUCGGGCAGAAAUAUGGAACAGUUCACCAUCCACAUCUCUGUUGGAGCCCAGAGCAAGGCCACAUUUCAACUCACCUAUGAGGAGGUGCUGAAGCGGAGACUUAUGCAAUAUGACAUUGUCAUCAAAGUCAAGCCCAAGCAGCUGGUACAACAUUUUGAGAUCGAUGUGGACAUCUUUGAGCCCCAGGGGAUCAGCAAGCUGGAUGCUCAGGCCUCCUUCCUCAGCAAGGAACUUGCUGCUCAAACCAUCAAGAAGUCUUUCUCAGGGAAAAAGGGUCACGUGCUCUUCCGCCCCACUGUGAGCCAGCAGCAGUCCUGCUCCACGUGCUCUACAUCCUUGCUGAAUGGAGACUUCAAGGUGACUUACGAUGUCAAUCGAGACAAGCUCUGUGACCUCUUGGUGGCCAACAAUUACUUUGCACACUUCUUCGCCCCCCAAAACCUGACCAACAUGAGCAAGAACCUGGUUUUUGUGAUUGACAUCAGUGGCUCCAUGGAAGGCCAGAAAGUGAAGCAGACCAAGGAGGCACUACUUAAGAUCCUGGGGGACGUGAAGCCAGGGGACAACUUUGAUCUGGUCCUCUUUGGGUCUCAAGUGCAAUCCUGGAAGGGCUCACUGGUACCAGCGACUCAGGCCAAUCUGCAAGCGGCUCAGGACUUCGUGCGACGCUUUUCUCUGGCUGGAGCCACAAACCUGAAUGGAGGCUUGCUCAGAGGAAUUGAGAUCUUAAACAAAGCUCAAGGAAGCCACCCAGAACUGAGCAGCCCAGCCUCAAUUCUUAUCAUGUUGACAGAUGGAGAACCCACCGAGGGGGAGACGGACCGUUCCCAGAUCCUCAAGAAUGUACGCAAUGCUAUCCGGGGCAGAUUCCCGCUCUACAACCUUGGCUUUGGCCACGACCUGGACUUUAACUUCCUGGAGGUCAUGUCCAUGGAGAACAGUGGAUGGGCCCAGAGAAUUUAUGAGGACCACGAUGCCACCCAGCAGCUACAGGGCUUCUAUAAUCAAGUAGCCAACCCCCUGCUGACAGAUGUGGAGCUGCAAUAUCCCCAGGAUUCGGUCUUAACUCUAACUCAGCACCGACAUAAACAGUACUAUGAUGGCUCCGAGAUCGUGGUGGCUGGACGCAUUGCUGACCACAAGCUGAGCAGCUUUAAGGCUGAUGUUCGGGCUCGUGGGGAGAGGCAAGAAUUCAAGGCAACAUGCCUAGUGGAUGAGGAAGAGAUGAAGAAACUGCUCCGAGAGCGUGGCCACAUGCUAGAGAAUCAUGUGGAGCGGCUAUGGGCCUACCUCACUAUCCAGGAGCUGCUGGCUAAGCGGAUGAAGAUGGAAGGGGAGGAGAAGGCCAACCUGUCAUCCCAGGUCCUGAAGAUGUCACUGGACUAUCAGUUCGUAACACCACUGACCUCUAUGACGAUCAGAGGCCUGACAGACCAGGAUGGGCUGGAGCCCACCAUUGACAAGACCCCAGAGGAUUCUCAGCCCUUAGAGAUGGUGGGACCCAGAAGAACGUUUGUGCUGUCAGCCACACAGCCUUCUCCUACAGCCCGCACCUCCAUAGUCUCAAAGCUGCCAAAUCAAGUGACAGGUGUGGACACCGAUCCCCACUUUAUCAUCUAUGUACCCCAGAAAGAGGAUAGCCUGUGCUUCAACAUCAAUGAGGAACCUGGGGUUAUCCUGAGCCUGGUGCAGGACCCUGACACAGGUUUCUCAGUGAAUGGGCAGCUCGUUGGGAACAAGGCCAGCAGGCCUGGGCAGCCUGAGGGCACAUACUUCGGGAGAUUUGGGAUCUCAAAUCCUGCAUCCGACUUUCAGCUGGAAGUGACUCCACAGAACAUUACACUGAACCCCAGCUCUGGUGGGCCUGUGUUCUCCUGGAGGGACCAGGCCACGCUGCAGAAGGAUGGGGUCAUUGUGACCAUCAACAAGAAAAGGAACCUGGUGGUGUCUGUGGAAGAUGGAGCUACCUUUGAGAUUGUCCUGCACAGGACGUGGAAGGGGAGUGCCGUCCACCAGGACUUUCUGGGCUUCUAUGUGCUGAAUAGCUUCCAGAUGUCAGCCCGGACGCAGGGGCUACUGGGACAAUUCUUCUACCCCCUGGAUUUUGAAGUAUCUGACAUCCGCCCAGGCUCUGACCCUAUGAAGUUAGAUGCCACAAUGGUAGUGAAGAAUCAGCAGCUGACAGUCACCAGGGGCUUACAAAGAGACUACAGCAAGGAUUCCAGACAUGGAACAGAAGUGUCUUGCUGGUUCAUCCACAACAAUGGAGCUGGACUGAUUGAUGGAGUUCACACUGACUAUAUUGUCCCUGACAUCUUCUGA